AUGAGUGAAACGGAUGAAGAGGCCGACUAUCAAACAGUGGCCACUAAAGUUGCAGAAGUGACCCUCGAAUCAGACUCGCUUCCCGAGACACCCAAUGCUCGAAAAGUGAGGAGGCGACGAAAAGCAAAAAGUCGGCCAAAGCAAAUGGAGGUGGAUCCACCCGUUCUACUCGGUCCGCCACGUGACGUUCGACGAUCGCAUGACUUGGGAUCUCAAAUGGACUGGCAAGUCGAAGAAUCGGAUAUUUACUCAUCGGAUUCCGCAUCAGAGAGAAAUCAAGACGCUGACGACGAACAAAGUGAUUGGGUUGGAUAUGUGGUUGAACAUGAUGAGGUAGAUCUGGUAGGCACAUCUUCAGCGAGUUUGGAGAGACGGCGCCGAAUCGGGAAACCCUCAACAGCGAUGUCCGUCAUACAAAGUAAACUUGAAAAAUUUUCGAAAGAUCCCGGAUGCUCAGAGCUCUCGAUCGAUAUUCGCGUAAAAGAGCGAACACAAACCGCACAAUUCAGUCGCUUCUUGCAACUCUACAAAUUGGAGGUGAUACGACGCCAGAGGGGAACAGUUGUGUUGAGGAAAAGACGGCCACCCAAUCCACCCGUACCACCACUCACUCCAACGAGUACU